AUGGCAAAUACUGAUGAAUCAGGUGGUGUUCAUGCUCUGGUUCGUCAUACAGCUGCAAUGGCUGAAUUAGCCGUUCAAGCUGGUUAUCCAAAUCGAAAACAUAAUGAAUAUUUACCAUAUCCUGAUGAUAAUUUUAAUGAAGUUGUUGAUGUUGAUGAUGAACAUUUACAAAGAGCUGGUAAAUUUACUAUUGAACAUAUACGUAAUCGUGGUGAACAAACAUUUGUCCCUAAUGCACAAGUUCGUGUUAAAACAAUUGUUGCUGAACGUAUUUAUGCCGGUUUUACAGAAUUUCUUAAUCCUUAUUUGUAUUGUAUAACAACUCAAUAUGCUUCUUUUGAAUGGUCUGUUUAUAAACGUUAUCGACAUUUUCAUGAUUUACAUAAAGCAUUAGUUCAUUUUGUUGAAACAGAAACAAAAAGAUCACUCAGUGAUUUAGAAAAGUAUGUAUGA